UCAGUCUCUUUCUGAGUGGGCAGCCGUGCUAAGAUGUCGAGCGGAAUGCAGGAAAUCCAAUACUACGAGCACAAGCUCAACAUUCGCCGGGUUAUCGAGGAGCAGGCGAAGCUGCAGAACGUGGACGAGGCCCUCAACAUUUGCGAUCUGUCUAGCUUGGAGCGGAAAUAUAAUCUCUGGGUGCAGCUCCUUCCCCGAAUCACCCCCUACUAUGCAGUCAAAUGCAACGAUGAUCCCAUGAUUGUCAAGGUGCUGGCGGAUCUCGGUGCUGGCUUCGACUGUGCCUCCAAGAACGAGCUCAAAUUGGUUCUGGGACUGAACGUAGAGCCAGAACGGAUUAUAUUCGCCAAUCCUUGCCGUCCGGUCAGUCACCUGGAGUACGCCCAACAGCAGCGGGUGGCCAAUGGCACGGUGGACAACGAGUUCGAGAUCUACAAGCUGCACAAGUACUACCCCCAGUCCAACCUGAUUGUGCGCUUCAAGAGCGAGGCCAAGGAGGCACAGUGUCCGCUUGGCGACAAGUUCGGCUGUGAUGCGGACGCGGACGCCACGGCACUCAUGCUGCUGGCCAAGGCUCUCGACCUGCAAGUCACCGGCACCAGUUUCCACGUGGGCUCAGGCUGCAGCGAGCUGGAGGCAUACGAUCGGGCAAUCAAGAAGGCCAAGAACAUCUUCAACUUCGGAGAAAUGCUGGGCUAUGAGAUGAAUUUCCUGGACAUCGGUGGCGGCUUUCCCGGCAGCGAUGAUGACAAGUUCCAGAAGAUUGCGGAGAGUGUCAACAGCUCAGUGCAGCGCCACUUCCCAGAUGAUCGCGUCCAGAUCAUUGCCGAGCCCGGACGCUUCUUUGUGGCGGCCGCCUACACGCUGGUCUGCAAGAUCCAUGCCAAACGUGAGGUGCGCAAUGAGGCCGGAAAGCUGGACACUAUCAUGUACUACCUGAAUGACGGAGUCUACGGCUCCUUCAACUGCAUUCUCUACGAUCAUCAGGUGGUGACGGCAGAGCAUUAUUUGGAUGAAGCCGAGGCCCUGCCCGAAUUCAAGUCCGUGAUCUGGGGUCCCAGUUGUGAUGCCUUGGACAAGAUCUCGGAGGACCUGCGACUGCCCAACCUGAACCGAGGCGAUCUGCUGGGCUUCCGCAACAUGGGUGCCUACACGGUGCCCAUUGCCAGUCCAUUCAAUGGCUUCGAGCUGCCACGGACCCUGUACUUCCGCGCCAUGUGACUAAAAAUGCUGACAGGCAUAAAGAACACAAUUUCGUGUAUUUGUAA